AUGGACUCCUCCGAGAAGGCCAAAGGAAAGGAGAAGGUGGAGACCAUGGAAGUGAGCGAAACCAUCAGUUCUGUUGGAGGGAGGGUAACCCCAGUGCAGCAGGCGGCCUUUCCCUGGCGAUAUCCUAGCUACGGACACAAUAACUUCGGCAUGAAUUCCAAAAGUUUUCUGGAGAUGCUAAUGCUUGAUAGCUGCUUCAUCUUGUUUGCGCUUUCAUUGCAUUAUAAUCCUGUCAAGGUACUCCCUUUUGUGGGUGGCCUUGAAGAUGGACCAUGGGCACCACGUGAUAUAGUGGGGGCAUCGGAGCUUGUCAAGACUGACUUGCUGUUGCUCAACAGCCAAAUCCCUUUCUUUAUCCUUGAGGAUGUUUUCAAUAUGCAAAUUGCUAUUCACCCAAACGAAUAUAUUUACACUGAAGGCAAUGAAGGCCAACCCACAAUCAGAAAAGUUGCUCUCAAGUUUUUUGGUACUCUCGGUUUAGAAUGCAACGGUUCGAAUGACACAGAAACAGAGGAGGUUCAUCAUCUGCUUCAUUUGUACCACAUGUAUUUGAAGCCAACGAAGCAUCGUGCUGCAAGCCUUCCUGGAGAUACAUUUAUAAUUAUCAAUCCACGGCGAUAUCUCCCCAGCGCAACAGAGCUCCAACGAAAGUCCGCGGUGAAUUUUAAGGUGAAAAAAACGGUAGGUGUGCCACAAUGCGUGCUCGACGUAACGACGAGGAAAUCUGGAGAUAUCCAGGUGCCGGCAUUGGGCGUCUAUGACCAUACCAAUAUUCUCCUCCAUAAUCUAAUCAACUUUGAGCAGUCUCUUGGCAACAUGGACUCGUACAUCACAGCCUACGUCGCAUUCUUGAAUCACAUCGUGCAGAGAGAAGAAGACGUGGAGCUGCUUGAUACAAGAGGGGUGUUGGAGCACAGAUUGACCAGCCGUGCGGAGGUGGUCGCUGUCUUCAGGCAAUUACAUAAUGUGAUCGAUCAUUAUAAGACGCCCGGUUACUUGGCUAGCGUAUACGAGGAGGUGAAUGAUCGUUGCACCAGCAAGUGGCGCAGAAUCUAUGCCGAUGGGAAGCAACGUUAUUGCUCCAAUGUAUGGCUGAGCAUGUCGUUUGUUGCCGGCAUCGCUCUAUCAGUUCUCGCCCUCAUCCAGACCAUCUACGCCGUCGAGGGCUACAAGAGAAAAUGA